AUGAUCCCAGUUUUGUUAGAUCAGACGACUUUCAAUUGUUUCUGCAAACAAAUAAUUCAACUAAAUCAACAAAGUAUGGUAGAUCACAUCAAGAAUUGCCCAAAUUAUAAACAAUAAUCGCCAUUCUUCUAAACAUUUCAUUAAAUUUAGCUUGAAUAAAUGCAAAAGCAUCACCUAAUCGCCUUAAAAAGUGAGUUCCUAAUUUUUAUUGAAAGAGUAGAUAGCUUAUUAAACCCACCCGCUAUUCGCCUUAUAAGCUCAUCAAUAUCGAAAUCCUUUGAUCAUUCCAAUGGACCUAUACUUCAAUUUUAAAAACAAAAUUUUAGCCAAAUUGGUUAGAAACCUAACUAAGCACCAGCAAAUACUGAAAAUGUUUUUCAAGCUUUCAAAUAAUUUCAAAAACUACAAAAAUGUGAAGUUUGCGCAAAAAAUGUCGAUGCAGAUAUUAUUACUUAUUUCGAGCAUUGUUUCUAACCGAUCUGCAGACCCUGCCUGAUGAAAUAGAUAGAAAAAGACUAUAAAACAAAUAUAGUAUUUUAAUGUCCAAACCAAUUAUGCAAAAAACAAAUGUUAGAACAAGAAUUAAUAUAAAUCCUUGGGAGAGAGAAACACGACUAAUACUCCUAAAUAAUGUUGGAAAGACAAUUCAACAUCGUAAAAUGUACGGCGUGUUCUGAAAGUGGAGCUUUUGAGAAGGGCAGUUCAAUUUCAAUUCUGAAAGAUCCUGUCACAAAUUAAUAAUUACAAUAAAAAUACGUGGAUCAUUACUUGAAUAAUAGGUUCAUGUGUUUCAAUUAAGCCUGUAAAACUGAACAAUGCAAAGAAUGCAAAGCAAUCCCCUAUCAUUUAGGUAUGAAUUGCGAAGAAUACAAGAUUAAGAAGUCUUCAAAGUGUUGCAGAUAUUGUGAUUAACCUAUUCAUAAUGUUCGAGUUAAUGUACCAGAAGCCUUGUAGGACAUCUGUUAAGAAAAGGAGUGCUAAGAAAAGGCUUAAUUUGCAUGCAAUAAAUUACUACCAUGUAGACAUCCUUGUCCAGGAUUCAUAAAUGAAUAGAUAUGUUCAACAUGUCUAAAUGAGAACUGCUGUAAAGGAGAUCAAAAAGGAGAUGACUAUUGUAAUAUUUGUUUUGUAGAGGGUUUAAAGAAUGCCCCUGUAAUCCAAUCAAAAUGCGGACAUAUCUUUCAUUAUACUUGUAUUCUCAAGAGACUAGAUGUGAAAUGGAAUGGACCAAGAAUUGUUUUCAAGUUCUGCUUGUGUCCUCUUUGUAAUACUUGGUUAGAAUUCUAACAAUCCUUGCCACAAGAUCUAGUCAAUAAAUAUUAUACUCUCUUUUAAGAUGUCAUGAAGAAAUCAUUCGAUAGAUUGAAAUAUGAAAGCAGGGAUAAAGAUGAAAAGGUUAGUAAAGUAGGUGAAUUGUUUUAUGGGAAACCCCAAGAGUAUGCUAUGGCUAUCUAUUGUUAUUAUCAAUGUUUCAAUUGCAAGAACCCUUAUUUCGGAGGUGCUAAAGAUUGUCAAAGAGCGUUGGAUGAAGGGGAUAAAUAAUAUAAACCCGAAGAAUUAAUUUGUGCUAAUUGUUGUGAUGUACCAGUUGGAGAAACAUGUUAAGUUCAUGGAAAAGAUUAUAUAGAAUUCAAAUGCAAGUUUUGUUGUUAAAUUGCUGUGUGGUUUUGCUGGGGGACAACUCAUUUUUGUGAAGAUUGUCAUAAGAGAUAAUGUAACGGAGAUUACGUGUCCAAAAUCCCUAGAGAGAAACUACCUAAAUGUCCCGGCAAGGAUAAAUGCCCUAUCAAGAUGGAUCAUAAGCCAAAUGGAGAAGAACAAGCUUUAGGAUGUGUUUGUAGCUAUUUGUAGGAAUCAAAAAGCCAAUUAGCAAAAUUUCUGAAUGAAAUUAUACCCAUCUAAUUAUUAGUUAUAUUUCUUCUCACUAUGGGUGAACAUAAAUUAAUAAAAUCAUUAACAAUGUUUUCUUCCACCAUCAAAAUUUCCUCAAAUAAUGUUGCUAAAGUCUCUUUACAAGAUUGUCUUGCUUGUAGUGGGUGUGUUACUACUGCAGAAACUAUCUUAAUUUAAACCUAGAGUCUUGAUGAGUUUUUGCAAGCAAUUAAAAAACAUCAAAAUCCUGCAAUUGGGAUUAGUCCUUAAUCAAGAGCCUCCUUAUCUCAUGUACUAAACUUUACAGAUUCAGAAAUGCAUUCGAUUUUGCAUUAACUAUUCUAAGAGUUGAAUGUUAAAUUGUACGACAUGAGUGAGUACAUGAAAAUAGCUAUUAAUAACUCAAUUUAAGAGUUCAAAUAAACAAAAAUAACACCAUUACUUUGUUCAGAAUGUCCAGGAUGGGUAUGUUAUGCUGAAAAGACCUUGGAUGAAUCUAUAAUUAAUCACAUGAGUAAAGUAAAGAGUCCAUAACAAAUUUUUGGAGCAAUCCUUAAGAAAAAUCAUGAUUACAUUGCUACGAUAAUGCCAUGUUAUGACAAAAAGCUAGAAGCUGUCAGACUAGAAAAUAACGAAGACAUCAAUAUUGUUCUGAGUACAAGGGAGAUUGAGUAAUACAUAAAGGAUUACAUUCAGAAAUCAUAGAUUACUCCUCAAUAAACUCAACUUUCAACUAUGGCGAUCAAUUUUUAAGAAUAUCAUAACAUUUCAUCAAACAACUACUUAGAUUAUAUUAUCUAAAGUUCUGUGAAGCCUAAUUGGACUGUCAAAUAGAACAUAAGGAAGAACAAAGAUUUUAUUGAAAUUACAAUUUACAAUGAAGAUAUGUAAUUAUAAGGCAUUUAUGCUCGUGUUUUUGGUUUAAAGAAUAUAGCAAAUUUGAUUUCUUAAAUCAAAACAAAGACAUGUAAAUAUAAAUACGUUGAAAUCAUGGCUUGUCCAUUAGGAUGUCUGAAUGGGGGUGGACAGAUUCUAAUAUAAAAAAAUACUGAAAAAGCUAAUGAUUUAAUACCAAAAUUAAAAGAUAUAAUGAUAGCUUAGAAAUUAUAAUUGGAAAAUACAUAAUCAAAUGAAUAGGAGAUGCAUUUGACUCAAUUUAAGCAUAUUUAAAAUGAGAGUAAUUUUUAGUGGUGAAACUAUAUACUUUUAAUCAUUAUUAAA